CCCUAACUCAAACCCAAUCAACUUGCCCUAUAAAAACAUAAAUCCACCAAUCAACUUGUCCACAAAUUCAUCACAAAUCAAUGGAGUUCUCAAUGCAUCAACAACCACCUUUUCCUUGGCAUUAUCUUCUUGCCUAUCCUUCCCUCUUCUCAUACCCUCACACUCCACAAAACCAUGUUCAUUGGGCCCAAACACCUGAAUCCCACAUUUACUCUGCUGACCUUCCUGGUGUGAGGAAAGAAGAGAUAAAAGUUGAAGUUGAGGAUUCAAUAUACCUGAUAAUAAGAACUGAAGCAGUUGUUGAUGAACCAACUAUACCUGCCAAGAGCUUCAUGAGGAAAUUCAGGCUCCCGGGCUCGGUCGACAUUGACGGAAUCUCAGCCGGAUAUGAAGAUGGUGUCUUGACAGUUACUGUUCCGAGAUCUUAUAGAAGGAGAUUCCUUAUUCAGCCAUCACUUGUCCCUGAGAGCCUGCAAGUUACUGCUAGGGCUGCUUGAGUUCAUAAUAUAUAGUAUAGUUAGUUGUUAAUUAGAAACUAAGAUUAGACUCUAUUGUUGUCUCUUCUAUGGCUAAUUCAGUCCAUGGUUUAAUUUCAAUAAAAAUAUUUUCAUUGUUAGCAAA